AUGUCAGAGCAAGCACAAUGGGGCCCAGGCUCCAUGGUAAGACCAAUACAAAUGAACCAUGGACCUCCAGGGGUUCCUCCCUUUGUCGGUACCAUGUCCACUCCUGAGCCCGAUAUGAAAUGGAAAGACCCAGAGGCGCUGGAUGCGCCUCUCGGUCCAGAUGUGACAGAGGGACUCGACCUAAGGAUGACAGAUGAGGCCCUCGAGCCGGGUGUUACAAACGAGUCCUCCGACCUAGAGGUGAAAGAUGAGUCUGAACCCUCCGACUCGGAGAUGACGGAUGAGCCUCUCCACCCCGAGAUGACAGAUGCGCCCCUCGGCCCAGAGGUGACAGACGAGCCUCUUGAACCCCAUAACCUAGAGACAAUGGGUACGAAUAUGGAUGGCUAUAUCCCAGCCGGCGUUUUGGGCAAAUUCUCCUCCAAGCCCCGCUACCCAGACUCCGAGAUAGCGCUGCUAGAAAAACAUGAAUGGAUCCGAACACGCUCUCUUGUCGACAGCAACAAUGUACAGGUUUUCGUACUACCAAAUGCACAGCAAAAGAAACCCAUUAAAAAAAAGAAAAGAGGUGAAACCGAAAAUAUUCUCCUAACCCAUCUCAAACUCGUCAUGUCUAUGAUCGACAACUCCUCUGAGGCAUGGAACGGCUUGGUUGAUGCCCAUGCUGGCCUACUUGCCAACACCCGGCCCGAUAACGAAGAAGAAGAAUCCCUGUAUUACAUAUUCAACACGCUGCAAGAACCCACUCUGGACUUGGAUCGCCUAACGGAUUUGCACUCCCGGAACGCUAUGGAGGCAUUGCUUGGCGAUUCAGUUCGAGGCCUUAAAACACAGCUUCAUCCGUUUCAGCGCGAAUCUGCUGUUGUGAUGGUGCAGCGGGAGGCAGAGCCGGCGCUAGCGCUUGAUCCGAGAUUUCAGCCUUGGCGGGGUCCGACUGGGUUGGAGUUCUAUUAUAAUAAGGAGUCUGGGGGCAUUUUGAGGGACAAGAUAUUGUAUCCUGAGGCCUGUGGAGGAAUUUUGGCAGAGUCCAUGGGAUGUGGGAAAACCCUCAUCAGUCUUGCCGUGAUAUUGGCUACGCGGGGACAUUUCCCCCAAAUCCCGGUGGAGUACCAAACACUCGAAAACCCUAUCAGGAACAAGACUGGAACAUUAAUGGAAAUGACCGCUGCUGCUGUUGGUCGCUUUUCCCUGCCCUGGAAGGACUUCUUUGAUUCGCAGCUGGAAAAGAAAAGGAAAAAUUAUGAUAAUUGUAGGAAAGCCUGUAUGGCCCAGGGUGGUUCCUACAUGAUACCGGCGAAACGCGACAAUCAAAGGUCUACAUCAGGGUACGCUGAGCCAGCGGAACACAUCCGUCUCUGCUCUGGUACACUCGUUAUUGUCCCGGAAAACUUGAUGGACCACUGGGAACGUGAGAUCGCUACUCACACCAGCGAUCUGAAACUCCUGGUACUGCGAACGAAGGACACAACACCAUCAACGGACGAACUUCUGGACUUUGAUAUUGUGAUGUUCUCCAAAGGCCGAUGCAGCAAAGAGAAAGCAAACCGCAACAGCCGUGCGCAGAAGUCGGAUGCCCCUAUUCUCGCUCUUCACUGGUUGCGAGUUAUCGUUGAUGAAGGGCACAACCUUGCGGGUAGAACAACGGAAAUGGUCGACUUUCUAAGAAAGCUGAAAUUUGAACGUCGCUGGAUGAUCUCGGGAACCCCUCUCUCAGAAAUGUAUGGAGUGGAACUUAGCAUUGCUUCACAGGAAGUGGGCACAGACGAUACUGAAUCGUCACCCGAUGAUCACGCCGGUUCCAUCCCUCAAACCCGCAGAAAGGGGGGGCAAUGA